AUGCUCGUCACCUGUGUGGCUUGCACCGAACGUUGGCUCAAAUCAUACACCUUCUCAACCCCCUGCCGUCACAGAUACUGCCCAGAAUGUUUGACUGUUCUCUUCGACAAUGCUACCAAAGACGAAUCCAUGUAUCCGCCUCGCUGCUGCGAGCAAGUCAUUCUUCUGGCAUCUGUUCGCUCCAUCAUCACCACCGAGCUGGCCGACACUUUUGCCGACAAGGCCGAAGAGUACGAAACCCUCGACAGAACUUACUGCGUGAACCCGUCAUGUGGCAGAUUCAUCCCACCCAGUGUCAUGAGUUACAACCACGCUGGAUGCCACGAGUGCGGCACGAGCACCUGCGCCCGCUGCAAAAAGAAGUAUCACGCCGGGCACUGCCUUCCAGAUCACGAUAUGGAGAAGCUGCUCAAGCUGGCCAAAGAGAAGAAAUGGCAGUCUUGUAGCAAUUGCCGCAGACUUGUUGAGAAGAGAAGUCGCUGUGACCAUAUCGAAACAAUCUUCCAAAGCCGCACAACCAGAAUCGCCCUUGUCGUCAAACACCUUGUCCAAUGA